CCUCUCAGGCAACUGACGCAAGGACUGUUCGCAAUUUAUCCCGUGUGACCUUGAGUCUUUUCUGCCUCCGAGGACCGGGGUUGUCCACGGUUCUGCCUUAUACCGCUUUUAGCCUUGUGGUCUCUCACAGAGCCCAGCCUGCCGCAGCCGGCACGGGAGGACACGCUUUUCCCUGCCAUCAUGCCACGAAGCGUAUUAGCCAUAGGCCCUGACUCCGGAAACAGCGUUCAGGUAUUUUCUUAUCAGGCAGCGCGGGCGGCGCCUCAGCGGAAGAGCGGGCUUCCAGGCCGCAGCGAUCAAACCCCGCCCCCCACCUCACGUAGUUGGAGGUUUCCAGAAGUGCUAGCACUACCGCGCCGCGCAGUUCUCGGCGGUCCGAGCGCGUGUUUGCUGCCUCGUAUUUCCACCAUUUAGCAGCCAUGAUAAACGCCAGCCGAGCCGCAGUAGCCCGUCUUGUCGGCGCCGCAGCCUCCCGGGGCCCCACAGCAGCUCGCCACCAGGAUGGCUGGAAUGGCUUUAGUCAUGAAGCUUUUAGAAUUGUUUCAAGGCGGGACUAUGCAUCAGAAGCAAUCAAGGGAGCAGUUGUUGGUAUUGAUUUGGGUACUACCAACUCCUGUGUGGCAGUUAUGGAAGGUAAACAAGCAAAGGUGCUAGAGAAUGCUGAAGGUGCCAGAACCACCCCUUCAGUUGUAGCCUUUACAGCAGAUGGUGAGCGACUUGUUGGCAUGCCGGCCAAGCGACAGGCUGUCACCAACCCGAACAACACAUUCUAUGCUACCAAGCGUCUCAUUGGCCGGCGAUAUGAUGACUCAGAAGUUCAAAAAGACAUUAAAAAUGUUCCUUUUAAAAUUGUCCGUGCCUCUAAUGGUGAUGCCUGGGUUGAAGCUCAUGGAAAACUCUAUUCCCCAAGUCAGAUUGGAGCAUUUGUGUUGAUGAAGAUGAAAGAGACUGCAGAAAAUUACUUGGGGCAUACAGCAAAAAAUGCUGUGAUCACCGUCCCAGCUUAUUUCAAUGACUCUCAGAGACAGGCCACUAAGGAUGCUGGCCAGAUAUCUGGACUAAAUGUGCUUCGGGUAAUUAAUGAACCCACAGCGGCUGCUCUGGCCUAUGGUCUAGACAAAUCAGAAGACAAAAUCAUUGCCGUAUAUGAUUUAGGUGGUGGAACUUUUGAUAUUUCCAUACUGGAAAUUCAGAAAGGAGUAUUUGAGGUGAAAUCCACCAAUGGAGACACUUUUUUAGGUGGUGAAGACUUUGACCAGGCCUUGCUGCGUCACAUUGUGAAGGAGUUCAAAAGAGAGACAGGGGUUGAUUUGACCAAAGACAACAUGGCGCUUCAAAGGGUUCGGGAAGCCGCUGAGAAGGCCAAGUGUGAACUCUCUUCAUCUGUGCAGACUGACAUCAAUUUGCCAUACCUUACAAUGGAUGCUUCUGGACCCAAGCAUUUGAAUAUGAAGCUGACCCGGGCUCAGUUUGAGGGGAUUGUUACUGAUCUAAUCAGAAGGACCAUAGCUCCAUGCCAGAAAGCCAUGCAAGAUGCAGAAGUCAGCAAAAGUGACAUAGGAGAAGUGAUUCUGGUUGGUGGCAUGACUAGGAUGCCCAAGGUUCAGCAGACUGUGCAGGAUCUCUUUGGCCGAGCCCCAAGUAAAGCUGUCAAUCCUGAUGAGGCUGUGGCCAUUGGAGCUGCCAUUCAGGGAGGUGUGUUGGCUGGUGAUGUCACAGAUGUGCUACUCUUGGAUGUCACUCCCCUGUCUCUGGGUAUUGAGACUCUGGGAGGUGUCUUCACCAAGCUUAUUAACAGGAACACCACUAUUCCAACCAAGAAGAGCCAGGUGUUUUCUACAGCUGCUGAUGGACAGACUCAAGUGGAGAUUAAAGUGUGUCAGGGUGAGAGAGAGAUGGCUGGAGACAACAAACUUCUUGGACAGUUUACUUUGAUUGGGAUUCCCCCAGCCCCUCGUGGAGUCCCUCAGAUUGAAGUUACAUUUGACAUUGAUGCCAAUGGGAUUGUACAUGUUUCUGCCAAAGAUAAGGGUACAGGACGCGAGCAGCAGAUUGUGAUCCAGUCUUCCGGUGGGUUAAGCAAAGAUGAUAUUGAAAAUAUGGUUAAAAACGCAGAGAAGUAUGCUGAGGAAGACCGGCGAAAGAAGGAACGAGUUGAAGCAGUUAAUAUGGCUGAAGGAAUCAUUCAUGACACAGAAACCAAGAUGGAAGAAUUCAAGGACCAAUUGCCUGCUGAUGAGUGCCACAAGCUAAAAGAAGAGAUUUCCAAAAUGAGGGAGCUCCUCGCUCGAAAAGACAGUGAAACAGGACAAAACAUAAGACAGGCAGCAUCUUCCCUUCAGCAAGCAUCACUGAAGCUCUUCGAAAUGGCAUACAAAAAGAUGGCAUCUGAGCGGGAAGGCUCUGGAAGUUCUGGCACUGGGGAGCAAAAGGAAGAUCAGAAGGAAGAGAAACAGUAACAGCAGUAAACUUUGGAGUCGAAAGGACAACAUAUUAUGAUGCUUGGGAGUGACGGGAUUUCCUGAGCUGAAAUGGGCAAAACUUCAGUCUUCUACUGUGUUUUUGCAGUACUCUAUAUAUAAUUUCCUGAAUAUGUAAAUUUAGUGACCAUUAGCUAAUGAUCAUUUAACAAGUGAUAGUUCCCAACAGUACAAAGUUCACAGUAUUCUGUCCCUAGCCUGUCAUUCUUUUUCAGUUGCAUGUAAAAUGGGGGGAAAGAUGAUUUAUUGAUCAUUCUAAAGAUUUAACGUUGUUUUGUGCUGAAGUGGCUGUAUUUUCAAAGGGGUGAAACCAUCUCACACACUGAAGACAGUAUCUGGAAUGAGACCAUAGGGGGAUGAGAUCCUUCUAGUUACCUAAGUACUGCUGUACCAGCCUGUGUGUAUAUGGAUUUCUUCAACUGAGGCCUUGCAAGGCAAGCCAGCUGUGCCAUGUUGGGAGGUAGGGCAGGGGAAGCUAAAUCAAUGGAAAACUAAGCUAGCUAUUUAUGUGAGGUCCAGCUUCUAAAACACAAGUCUCCCAAACUUUCUGAAGGCAUACUUUCCUAGCUACCCUUUGGCCUGUGUCUGGCACCUGUAUCCCUGAUGACUGUUCUUUUUGAUCCAUUCUGGAUUUUUAAAAAAAUAAAUAGGAAAAGCAUUUUGAUCUC